AUGGACAGAUUUGUCUUUCUUGCAAUUAUAGCAUUAUGCAUACCACUGUGUUGCUUAGUUGAAUCAGCUCCAAAAGGUUCAUUAGUGAGUAGUCUUCCAGGAUUCAAUGGCAGUUUCCCUUCGAAACACUAUGCAGGGUAUGUGAAACUUGACGAUAGAGAUGAUCGUCCUCCCAAAAAUAUCUAUUACUACUCUGUAGCAUCGGAAAGAAAUCCAACGACCGAUCCAGUUGUUCUUUGGCUCAACGGUGGACCUGGUUGCUCUAGUUUUGAUGGCUUUGUCUAUGAGCAUGGGCCAUUCAAUUUUGGUACAGUAAAGGGAGGAGGGGGAUUGCCAACUUUGCAUCUCAACCCUUAUAGUUGGUCUAAGGUAUCAAACAUUAUCUAUUUGGAUUCUCCAACAGGUGUUGGAUUCUCGUACUCUACGAACACAUCCAUAUACAAAACUGGAGACUUACAGACUGCAUCUGAUGCUCAUAGUUUUCUCCUUAAGUGGUUCGAGCAAUAUCCAGAGUUCGUCACCAACGAGUUUUAUAUAUCGGGGGAAUCAUAUGCUGGGAUUUAUAUCCCUACUCUCGCUUCUAAUAUUGACAAAGGCAUCAAAAGUGGGGUCAAACCUAUUAUUAAUUUCAAGGGUUACAUGAUUGGAAAUGGGUUGUGUGAUAAUACUUUUGAUGGGAAUGCUCUAAUUCCAUUCUCACAUGGGAUGGGACUAAUCUCAGACCAUUUGUUUAAGGAAGCUGAAGUCGGAUGCAGUGGAAACUACGAUAAUAACAACAAAGAUUGUGAGUCUGCAAAAAACAAAAUCGAUGAGGUUUUAGAUGAUUUAAACGUUUAUGACAUUCUUGAACCAUGCUACCAUAGCCCGUCAGGAGCAAAUGAAAAUACAAGUACAAGUAGCAAGUUGCCAGAAAGCUUCAAGCAGUUAGGAAUGUCAGCUGGUAAACCACUUCCAGUUAGGAAGAGGAUGUUUGGCCGAGCCUGGCCAUUCCGAGCGCCAAUCAAGGCUGGAAUUAUUCCGUCAUGGCCGGAAUUAAUGGAUAACAACCACCCCGUUCCAUGUACUGAUGAUAGUGUAGCAAGAGUAUGGCUGAAUAACAAGGAAGUUAGAAAGGCUGUACACGCUGAUCCUGAGAGUGGAGACUGGAACUUAUGCACGUCCAGAAUUAACUAUAACCAUGACGCUGGAAGCAUGAUUAGCUACCACAAAAAAUUGACCGCUCGUGGAUACAGAAUACUUAUAUAUAGUGGAGAUCAUGAUAUGUGCGUUCCAUUCACUGGAACUCAAGCAUGGACAGAGUCAUUAGGAUACGAAGUAGUGGAUGAAUGGAGGCCCUGGGAAAUUAAUAAACAAGUUGCUGGGUUUAUUCAGGGAUAUGCUAAUAACUUCACGUUCCUUACCAUCAAGGGAGCUGGACAUACUGUACCUGAGUACAAGCCACAAGAGUCGCUAUAUUUUUAUAGCCGUUGGCUACAAGGCAAAACAAUAUGAUGAAGUUAUUUUGAAAUUAAAAAGAUUUAAGAUUUUCAAUACUUGAUUUCUAAUUUUG